AUAUUUCCAAAAAAAAAUGUUAUGAUAAAAAAUGUGUUCGAAAUAUUAUCCAAAAAAAAAAAAAUACAAGUCCGGUCCAUCGCAAUCGACCUCGGCGCUUUAUUCGGAACCCCGCUUAAGACCAGACACCGUCGAUGAGAUGAUGAUUUCUUCAAAGCUUUCUUUGCGAUGGCUUUGUAUAAAUACAAUGGCGAAUGGUUACAAGAGAGAAGAAGCGGCUUAAUCGGUGUGAUUUUGAACUCGGUGGCUCGAAGCGGGCAGGGUUUUCGAGUCGGUCGUCGAGGAAGGAGGUUUCCUCGUAAUUUUCUUAAGCCUAGAUUCUUCCGUUGGCUACUGUUUCUUCUCGCUGUAUUCUUCUUGCUCGUUUUUGCUACAUUUUGCCUUAAUUUACUCUCCAAUGGUAAUGAGGAAGAGAAUAAUCUCCUCUUAUCACAAGAAGUACAUGAUGAAAUUUCCGGCUCCUAUGCCGCACUGACGCCACCGAAAAGCAAGCGUCGUAAGCAGCAUUUUCCUUGUGAAGUUAAGCUUGCAGCAGCAGUUGAUAAUAUUUUGGAGCCCAAGAAUUAUAUGAAUUUCACACAGUUUUCACUCGAGUAUUUAGAGAGGGAAGUGAAUCCUUUGCAUGCCAACUCACUUGAGAGUAGAUUUGGAGGGUAUCAAACUCUCGCGGAAAGGGAGAAAUCAUUCUUUGCAAGGAAUCAAACUAUUCACUGUGGUUUUGUCAAAGGCCUGCCAGGAUUGUCAAGCACUGGAUUUGAGUUGAGUGAAAAUGAUAAGGCAUACAUGAAUACUUGCCGAAUUGCAGUAUCUUCUUGCAUUUUUGGAAGCUCUGACUUUCUGAGGAGACCCACAAGCAGAUUGAUUAGUGAAUUUUCCAAGCAAAAUGUGUGUUUUGUUAUGUUUGUGGAUGAGCAAACACUGUCAAAACUGUCUUCAGAAGGACAUACACCUGAUGAUAAAGGAUAUGUUGGUCUGUGGAAAAUUGUUGUUGUGAGGAACUUACCGUACUUGGAUAUGCGGAAAACUGGAAAGGUGCCAAAGUUUUUAUCACAUCGUCUUUUCCCUUCUUCUAGGUAUUCAAUCUGGAUUGACAGUAAGAUGCGACUUAAUGCUGACCCAAUGCUAAUCAUUGAAUUCUUUAUGUGGCGAAUGAGAGCAGAGUAUGCCAUUUCAAACCACUAUGAUCGCCACUGUGUUUGGGAAGAGGUUUUACAAAAUAAACGUCUGAAUAAGUACAACCAUACAGCCAUUGAUGACCAGUUUAAGUUUUACCAGUCUGAUGGCCUCAGAAAGUUUGAUCCUUCAGACCCAAAUACUCCUCUUCCAAGUUAUGUGCCCGAAGGUUCCUUUAUCAUCCGGGCCCAUACACCAAUGUCAAAUUUAUUUUCAUGCUUGUGGUUCAAUGAAGUAGAUCGAUUUACCUCGCGUGACCAACUAAGCUUUGCCUACACUUAUUUGAAGUUGAGGAGAAUGAAUCCAGAUAAACCAUUCCAUCUAAAUAUGUUUAAGGAUUGUCAGCGCAGAACACUAGCAAAAUUAUUCAGGCAUCGGACGGUGCCAUCUUUCCCACCUCCUUGACCAAUCUGAAAAUUAUGCUAGUUUUUCUGGAGCACAAAUGCAUUCACAGCAACUCUCUAUCAAGUACACCCACAACCCUUUUUUCUUCCAAGAAUCUUAUUUCAUGGAUUUUUCAAGCGUGAAAGGAAUUAAAAGUGGACCAGUUUCUUCAGAUAAUUGUAAGUGCUUUAUACUAUUGGCACUUGGCAGAGUGGACUUAUGCCGAAGAAAUGGAACUAUUUGGCCUUACCAAAUGUUUCAAUGUGGUUCCAAGAUAAUAAAGAUCUAAGUUUAUUAUUGUAGGCUGUAUUGAGAAUUAUAGGCUACACGUGGAGUGAGGCUUAAGUUUAUCGAUUUUUUUUUUUAAUAAUCAUUGGUGUCUGAUUUGGAGAUGAUAGCACACUGUCACUUGGAGAAACUACAUCGGGAUUAUCUGCCAUUCUGUCUUGCUUUUAAGUUCCAAGCCAACUCCCAAAUCCCCUUCCCAAGAAAGAAGAGAAUAUACAUAUAUAAAAUUCAUAUUGCUUACAAGCUUCUCAUAACACUUGGUAAUAUUCUCAUAUUCUUUUAAAUUUUUUUUUUGAAGUUGAAGCCCCUGGUUUUCUGUUGAUAGCUUUUGGUAUUGUUGUGAAACAGCCAAAAAUGCUGGUUUCAAUCGUAUUUCUCAACAUUUGACACUUGACAAUUUGUAUGCAUGCUAGCCAUGCCGUUUUUGUUUGCUACAGAGGGGAUAUGCUGUUUUCUCUUGGAAAGAAGGGUAACAUUUAAAUUCUGUUGAUGAAGAUUUUGUACCGCCUGCAAUGUAAUGCGUGUCAUAACUGUUUCUGAGAAGCCAAGUUCUGCCUGUUAGUUUUACUUACCAAUUCUCGUAAUUUUUAUGUUGUUCGCUUGUUCUACUCCUUGAAACUCUGUAAAUAUCAUCUUGUUUUAGCUGCUGAAAAGCAUUUCCAUUUA